GCUUGACUAAGCAUUUUUACUGAGUGGAGUGACUGUGCAGUAUUGGCAGUGCAGUAGCGUCCUUUCACCCUGACUGUAUAAGAAUGCCAACAAAAUCGCCAGCGGAAACGUUAUUGGAGAAGGCAAACAAGAAGGCAAGCUCUUCCGCUGGAUGGUUCUCUUCCUCCUCCUCCAAAUUUGAAGAAGCUGGCGACCUCUUUCAACAAGCGGCCAACUCCUUCAAGAUCGACAAGCUAUUCAGAGAAGCAGGUGAUGCUUUCUCAAGGGAGGCAGAGUGCAGAGAGAAAUGCAAAGAAGCCAACGAAGCAUCGAACGCAUGGUGGAAUGCCGCAAAGGCUUACAAGAGAGGAUAUCCUGACCUGGCUAUCCAGGCCUUGACGCAAACUAUAACGCUGCUAACUCAAAGUGGUCGAUUCCGUCAAGCUGCAGAUAGGGAAAAGGAAGUUGCGCAGAUAUACCGACAAGAAUUGAGCGACAUACGCAAGGCAUGCGAAAGCCUUGUCCGUGCAGGCGAUUGGUACGCCCAAGAGGACGCUACAGCUACGGCGAAUGCAUGCUUCAAAGAUGCUGCUGAUAUCCAUGCCGAGUUGGAGGAGUACCCUCAAGCCAUCGCCCGAUACGAACAAGUCGCAGACCACUCUCUCACUUCUGCCCUCACAAAGUACAGUGUUAAGGAGUAUUGGCUAAGAGCCUCUCUGUGUGCUCUUGCCAUGAAAGACACUAUCACCGCUAAACGAAACAUGACGAAGUACUCUUCACAAGAUACAACCUUCAGCUCUACUCGAGAAGCUAAAUUUAUCAAGGGUCUUAUCGAUGCCAUCGAAUCAGGGGAUCAUGAGAUGUUUACGGGGACUGUUGUGGAGUUCGACCAGGUCGUUAAACUAGACAACUGGAAGACUGCCAUUCUGUUGAAGAUUAAACGGGGCAUCCAGGAUGAACCGGGUAUCUUGUGAUGACAUUCUGUUCUUUCCAUUGAUCUUUCACGACUCUUUUUGUAUAUACUGUACCAUGAGUAACUUAAGAUGGACUGCGAUCAUUCAGAUAACCGUAGCUUAAUCACAUAUUCAUGGAUUAGAUGAAAUGUUUCCUGAGACCACUG